AUGUCUGCUCCAGUUAUCCCAAAGACCCAAAAGGCUGUUAUCUUCGAAAAGAACGGUGGUAAGUUAGAAUACAAGGACAUCCCAGUUCCAGUCCCAAAAGCCAACGAACUUUUGAUUAACGUUAAAUACUCUGGUGUCUGUCACACCGAUUUACACGCCUGGAAGGGUGACUGGCCAUUACCAACCAAGUUACCAUUAGUUGGUGGUCACGAAGGUGCUGGUGUUGUCGUUGCCAUGGGUGAAAACGUCAAGGGCUGGAAGAUCGGUGACUACGCCGGUAUCAAAUGGUUAAACGGUUCCUGUAUGGCCUGUGAAUACUGUGAAUUAUCCAACGAAUCUAAUUGUCCAGAUGCUGACUUAUCUGGUUACACUCACGACGGUUCUUUCCAACAAUACGCUACUGCUGAUGCCGUUCAAGCUGCCAGAAUCCCAGCUGGUACUGACUUAGCUGAAGUUGCUCCAAUCUUAUGUGCUGGUAUCACUGUCUACAAGGCCUUAAAGUCAGCUAACAUCAGAGCCGGUGAAUGGGUUGCCAUCUCUGGUGCUUGUGGUGGUUUAGGUUCCUUAGCCAUCCAAUACGCUACUGCUAUGGGUUACAGAGUCUUAGGUAUUGAUGGUGGUGAAGAAAAGGCCAAGUUAUUCAAGGAAUUAGGUGGUGAAAUCUUCAUUGACUUCACCAAGUCUAAGGACAUUGUCGGUGACAUCUUAAAGGCUACCAACGGUGGUGCCCACGGUGUUAUUAACGUCUCUGUCUCUGAAGCUGCUAUCGAAGCUUCUACCAGGUACGUCAGAGCUAACGGUACCGUCGUCUUAGUCGGUUUACCAGGUGGUGCCUACUGUAAGUCUGAAGUCUUCUCCCACGUUGUCAGAUCCAUCUCCAUUGUUGGUUCUUACGUCGGUAACAGAGCUGACACCAGAGAAGCCUUAGACUUCUUCUCAAGAGGUUUAGUCAAGUCCCCAAUCGUCAUUGCUCCAUUAUCUGACUUACCAGAAAUCUUCGACAAGAUGGAAAAGGGUCAAAUUGUUGGUAGAUACGUUGUUGACACCUCUAAAUAA